AUGAAAAACCACACCAGAGUAAGCACAUUCAUUCUACUGGGAUUGACUGAUGACCCACAGCUUCAAGUUCUCAUAUUUAUCUUUAUGCUUGUCACUUAUAUUUUGAGUAUAACUGGAAAUAUGACAAUCAUCUCUCUUACCUUAGUAAAUUCUCAACUAAAAUCUGCCAUGUACUUUUUCCUCCAAAAUUUCUCCAUUUUAGAGAUCUCAUUCACCACAGUCUGCGUUCCUCGAUUCCUUUACAGCAUGUCUACUGGAGACAGGACCAUUACUUAUAACGCUUGUGCUAGUCAACUUUUUUUUUACAUUUUUCUUGGAUCCACAGAAUUUUUUCUUUUGGCAGUAAUGUCCUAUGACCGUUAUGUGGCUAUCUGUAAACCCUUGCAUUAUGUGACCAUAAUGAGUAGUAGAGUCUGCAAAAGAUUAGUUUUCUUCUGUUGGGUUGGAGGUUUCCUAAUCAUAAUGCCUCCACUUAGCCUAGGCUUAAAUCUAGAGUUCUGUGACUCCAAUGUCAUUGACCAUUUUCUCUGUGAUGCAUCUCCUAUUCUCAAGAUCUCUUGCACAGACACAUGGUUUAUAGAGCAGAUGGUCAUAGUCUGUGCUGUGAUGACCUUCAUCAUGACCCUUGUGUGUGUAGUUCUUUCCUAUAUAUACAUCAUCAAGACAAUCCUGAAAUUUCCCUCUGCCCAACAAAGGAAAAAGGCUUUUUCCACCUGUUCUUCCCACAUGAUUGUUGUGUCUAUGACCUAUGGAAGCUGCAUUUUCAUUUACAUUAAACCUUCAGCCAAAGAAGAAGUGAAGAUUAACAAGGGUGUGUCAGUACUUACUUCUUCCAUAGCCCCUAUGCUAAACCCAUUUAUAUAUACCCUGAGAAACAAGCAAGUGAAAGAAGCAUUCAGUGACUCAAUCAAAAAACUUAAAUUUUUUCAAAUUAAUAGA